AUGAAAAUGGAUCUCAGCAAAUUUCUCGAAUGUCAUCCUACAGGUAUAGAUUGCCUACAAAUCGAGCUUUUGCUGUUUCAACUCCUUCGCGGACUAGAUUUCUGCCACAAGAAAAAGAUUUUGCACAGAGAUCUCAAACCUCAAAACCUCCUUCUCGACGAAAGUGGUGUGCUAAAACUAGCAGAUUUCGGCUUGGCCAGAGCAAAAUCGGUUCCCAGCAGGACCUAUUCUCAUGAAGUAGUUACUCUUUGGUAUCGGCCACCUGAUGUGCUUCUUGGUAGCACGGAGUACUCAACAUCACUUGAUAUGUGGUAA